AUGGUGCCACAGUGCCAGGUGGAAGUGUUGUAUUUUGCAAAAAGUGCUGAAAUAACAGGAAUUCGUUCGGAGACCAUUUCUGUGCCACAAGAAAUAAAAGCAUUGCAGCUGUGGAAUGAGAUAGAAACGCAACAUUCUGGAUCGACUGAUGUCAGAAAUCAGGUGAUAUUUGCUGUUCCUCAAGAAUAUGUCAAGCUUGGAGAUCAGCUCCUCCUGCUUCAAUCAGGAGACGAAAUUGCCAUUAUCCCCCCCACCCCCCCACCCCCGGUUAGUGGAGGAUAG